AUUACACAGGCAAUUGCAGGACACAGCAGGAAUUCAGGAGCGAGGGAGACACGGAUGGAGGGAAAGUGAAAGAGAGAGAGGGAUGCCUUUUAUAAAGCCAACUCCUGUGUCUUUGGGAAGAAUUUGUGAGCAGUGAGACCGGGUCAGAAACAAGAGCCUGAUAAGCUAAUGACUGUCUCCGUAACUCUCCUGGAUGGUGCACCGGUGUCGCUGCUGAAGUUUUACAGUCCCAGAAGUGUCGUGUGAGCAUGCGUACGACAACAAAGCAGACAUGUGGACGACAAACUGAGGCUUCAGGCUCCUGCCUCUCUGCACGGGUCAAUUAGACUUCAAUCCCAGCAGAAAAGAUGACAUCUGCCACACCUCCCUCCUCCCGUAGCUCCACCCCUCAGAAGGUCUGCCACUCCCAGACACAGACUGACGUUUUGAAACCCUUACUAGGAGGAGGGAUAUCUGGUGGUGGUGCGGCUUUGAGGAAGAGGAGGCGUGUCCUGUCCAAAGAUGGGCGUAGCAACAUUCGAAUUGAGCACGUCAGUGGACGGAGCGCUCUGUACAUGCGGGACCUCUGGACGACGUUUCUGGACAUGCAGUGGCGCUGGAAAUUCUUUCUGUUCACGGCCACGUUCGCAGGGACCUGGUUCCUCUUUGGCGUGCUGUGGUAUUUGGUGGCCCUCGUUCAUGGAGACCUGCUCGAGUUUGACCCUCCAUCAAACCACACGCCCUGUGUGAUGCAGAUGCAGUCCCUGACGGGGGCGUUCCUCUUCUCUCUGGAGUCUCAGACAACCAUUGGCUACGGUUUCCGCUGCAUCACUGAGGAGUGUCCUGUCGCCAUCAUCCUCCUGAUCGUGCAGCUCGUCAUCACCAUGCUGAUGGAAAUUUUCAUCACUGGUACCUUCUUGGCCAAGGUUGCCAGGCCGAAGAAACGAGGGGAAACAGUGAAGUUCAGCCAGCAUGCUGUCGUGUCGACCCAUGAAGGGCGGCCCUGCCUGAUGAUCAGGGUGGCUAACAUGCGCAAGAGUCUCCUGAUUGGAUGUCAGGUGACAGGAAAACUGCUCCAGACGUCUCUGACCAAGGAAGGCGAGACGGUUCGUCUGGACCAGAGGAAUGUCCCCUUCCAAGUGGACAUGUCCAGCGACAGCCCCUUCCUCAUCCUGCCACUCACUUUUUACCAUCUCAUCGAUGACACAAGCCCCCUAAGAGCCUGGGCAGCCAAGGGUGGGGGCUGGACAGACCCAGAGCUGGCAGACUUUGAGCUCUUGGUAAUAAUGAGUGCCACAGUUGAGCCGACCUCUGCCACCUGCCAGGUUCGCACCUCCUACCUGCCUGAUGAGAUUCUCUGGGGUUACGAGUUUCCCCCUGUAGUCUCCCUUUCUCCAUCUGGGAAAUACGUGGCGGACUUCGCCUUCUUCGACAAAGUGGCCAAGACUAAGACAACGCCAAUUUUCAAGACACCCAGCCCUCAACACGUGUACCAGAGUAACGGAGGAGGGCUGGUGUCUGAGGUGUCCGAUCCAGAGAAGAUCCGUCUGGAGCAGAGCUACAGAGAGAGAGGGGAGGACCGGAGCAGAGCUAGUGUUCGUAUCAGCAACGUGUAAAUAGAUGGACUGGUCAAGAGUUUUAUUUAGAGCAACAGGAAAGACAACCAAGUCUGAGGUCAACAGCACAGCAGUGGAAGACUGUUUGUAGACUGUUUGAACUUCACAUAUCUAGGAUCCAAACAUGUUUGGAAAACUGGACAACUUUAAGUUUGCCAUAGUUGGAUGAUUUCUGGGAAAUGUAGGUUUACAUGUAAUCAUAUUACAGCAUAACACUCUUCCUAACUACAACUACUAGAAGUUCUGGAUCAUUUAUGAUGGACACUUUUUAAACAACAGUAAAAUCCAGAACACAAGUCACAACACUGUAGAGGACACAGUCAGUUUUUGUGGCCUCUAAGAAGGAAACAAUGAUUUUAAGGGAUAUUUCAGUAUUUUUGAAGUUGGGCCUGUAUGAGGUAACUAGCAGGGUAUGGUUCCUCUGUGGGCGUACAUUUGAGCCAACAUUGUUUUGUGGCCCAUUUUUACCAAUAAUUCACCAUAUCCCACAGAGCAACCAUACCCAUCUGUUAUCCUGUAUAGCCUAGCUUGCCGGCCGGUACAAACAGCAGGUCCUUCUUAAAGGGGCCAUGCUUACUGAAAUUCCUGGCGGCUAAUGCCACUACUGUUGCUAGUUACCUCAAAUAACUCAACAUAAAAAAACUGAAAUAUCCCUUUAACUUGGGCUACAAUUUCAACUUUAUUCACUGACAUCAAAAACAUGCUGUUUCCAAAUUUGUAAUCCCACUUGCAACCAGUAGUGGUCCUUUAAUUGACUAGUCUCUGAAAGCAAGCUAGCAAAGAUUUACUGACUUAAAUGCAGAGUAUGUCAAUUUCUGCCACCAAGGGGCUCUCAAUCAAAACAAUAACAAAAAGAUGAUGAGUGAGAGCAGCACAGUUCUGCCCACCUUCACUGCUUACUUCUUGUCUUGAAUUUCAAACACUGUUCAACAAAUACUUAACUCUAUAUUGCAUAUUUACCAAACAGAGUACAACACUGGUUUUACUGAUGAAUUCCUCAUACAGAUGGAGAAAAACUGUUAAAAGUGCCCUACCAGGGGCGCACAGAUGGCCUAUUGAUGUGCGCAGGCAGUUCGGGUUUGAGUCCUAUCUGUGGCCCUUUUCCGCAUGUUUCUUCCCACUCUCUCUCCCAUUUCUGACACUGUCCACUGUCCUCCUCUGUGAAACAAAGGCAUGAAAAGCCCAAAAAUAAAUCUUAAAAAAAGUGCCCUACCAGGUCAAUGAUGCAAGCUUCUCACAAAGCAUUCUGGGACUUCUUGCAGCAUCAAUCAGGAAGGGUCUACUGGGACCACAACAUUACGGUACGGGUAAGGGUUUAGUUUUGUGAGUGAGCCUGGACUACUGUGUAACAGAUGGCAGAGAAUAACUGUGGCCCAUCACAAGUAAUACUGCAUGCGAUGUGAGAAACAUUUUUCACUCCAUUCCCAUUAAUCUCUCUGUCACUUGUUAAGAUGGGUGCAGAACAGGAAAAAGGGUAGAUGACAAGGCAUUAGAAAUGAUGUACAGGAACAUUUUCUUGAUCUUUUUUACUUUCUUCACUCAGAAGAGCUUGUUAGCUUGUUUUAUAGUGAAGAUAGUUGUGCAUUAAUAAUAUCAGUGUACAGGGAGGUAAAACAAUCCACAAGUAGGGGCUGCAUUUAGCGCUGUCAGUUCACAGGAAGAAUGUUCCUGGGAGAAGGGGAAGGUUUUUGGUUUGAAUCCCUGUUGGAGAGUGCCUUUUAGUAUGGAGUUUGUACGUUCUCUCUGGGUACUUUGGUUUCCUCUCACAGCUCAAAAAUAUGCUUGUAGGUUAAUUGGAGACUCUAAAUUGCCCAUAGAUGUGAGUGUGACCAUGAAUACCCAUUGACAGCCUCUAGUAUCCCCUACAAACCUGAAUGAGAUCAGUGGUAUAGAUAACAGAAGGGUGAAAGAAUCACUCACCGAAAGGUCUCACAGUGGAAACAAUAGCUAAUAAGUCUGACACCUUCCUGCAACAGUGGUUUCAUGCAUUAAAAAUAACUACAAAGAAACAGUCAGCCUUACUGCUUGUGGUUCUAAUGUUCUUAUAGAAGUUUCAACUCUAAUUUCAGUUUUUUUCUACCAGCAAAAAAAAAAAAAAAAAAAAAAAAAAACUCACAGGAGCUAUAAAAAAAGAUUGAUAUAUUGAAAACAAAAGGCAAAUGAAACUACAAAAUUAAAUGACAAACAAAACCAAGAGUGGAAAGCACAGAAAAUUCAGUAAGUUUCCCCGGGAAAAAAAGGAAGGUUCAUAAGAAUCUAUCAAGAGUGUGUAGGGUCUGUACCAUUAUAGUGGGGGAAAAUUCACUUUCUGUUUGUCAUCCUAAAACAUUGAUGACUCAAAAAAAAAAAAAAAAAACCCUAAAAAACUUAAAGUUAGUACCUGUUAGUAAGUCUUAGCUUUGUUUCCCUCUAUGAUCUGAUGUAAAACUACACAGAACACUCACCGUUAUCUAUGCUUCAUCUCAUAAAGGAAGCUGUGGUUUUGACAGUUUGUACGUUUCAUAUGAAAAGGCACUGUUGUACACUGAUGUAGUUAAACAACUGAAAUGUAGCCAAACUCAGUUUGAAUGUGCACUGAUACUGUAUAAGAAGGUGAUGGCCUUUUUGUUUCUGUUGUGACUGUUACUGCUGUUUAAAACUGAAAUUAGCACUUUAUGUACAUUUUGCUACUUUAGCUACAUUUGCACCUUAGGAGGCACAGUAAGAAAAUCUUAAUCAAGAUGAGUUUAAUAAACUACUAAAAGCACUUAAACACUGAUUGUAAUCAAGUAUGCACAUGUUUUUACUCCAGAGCUUUUUUUUUAAAUGGUUUGAUGUCUUUGAAACCAGCUUCUGUAAAUGACAUGGAUGUAAAUGCCUACCUGGGCCAUACAGCCUGUAAAUACUACAGCAUACAUUCUCUCUAUACUAGGAGCCUUAAUGUUUGAGUUACUAAUGAUGUCAGAUUUUUAUCAAAGCUUCUUUUAUUCUUUAGAUCAGUGGUUCCCAACCUGGGGCACCUCUAGACCAGGCACCCCUUGUCCGGGGGGCGCCUUAGGUCUUAGGGGGAUGCAGGACCAUGUCUGCUCUGGUGUUGUCAAAAUUGGAUGUCCAUAUAGUUUUUAAUUAUAUUAAAUACUUUUUGAGGAACUCCAGAGGAAAACAAACAAACUCAGAAUUUAGUUUAAAGAAGUUGGAAAAUUACUAGAUAUCUCAAAAUUACUAAUUUAAAAGAAACUAUUGAAUUUUGGCAUCAGAAACUUAAAUUCUCAACAGUGGAAAGUCAAAAAUUUACAAGAAACAAAAAUGAAAACUACAGAAGAGGAUUAGGGCUACUGAAAAUACAUUUUUUGAGAUGGGUUUUUAAUUCUGAGAUUAAAGUCAGCAUUCUGAGAAAA